GUUAAUAAUUGCACAGACAGAGCUAGUGGUUCAAAGUCUGGUUUGACUUCAUUUUCUACAACACAAUGGAUUCAACCUCAAUAGAAGACUGCAGCUCUCCGGUUGUCAGGGACCUGAGGAUUGUCCUGCUGGGGAAGACUGGAUCAGGAAAGAGUGCAACAGGGAACACCAUCCUGGGACGAGAAGCUUUCACCUCAAAGAUCUGUCCUUCUUCUGUGACACAGACAUGUGUCAAAGAAAGCGACCACUAUGAUGAAAGAACUGUGAGUGUGGUCGACACCCCGGGAGUCUGUGACAAGGCGAUUACAGAAGACCGGUUGAAAAGGGAAAUAGAGGAAAGCAUCAAUCUGUCUUACCCCGGACCACACAUAUUCCUGCUGGUGAUCAGACUGGAUGCACGCUUUACUGAAGAGGAGAAGAAAGCUGUCAAGUGGUUUGAAGACAACUUCGGUGAGGAAUUCUCCAAUUACUCUCUGGUGCUCUUCACUCGGGGCGACGCGCUCAAGGGGAAGUCCAUUUGGGAGUAUUUAGGCGAAGAUCCUGAUCUCAAGGAGUUAAUCAGUGUCUAUAAAGAAAGGUACACUGUGUUUGACAACACAUGCAUGGGAAAUCGCACUCAGGUGGCUGAUCUGUUUGAAAAGAUAGACAAGAUAGUGCACUUUAAUGGUAACCAUUAUACCAGAAGCAUGUACGAAGAGGCCCAGGCAAAGAAGAAUUCGAAGGAAAGAUGGAGUAGAUGGGCAGGCUAUUUGAACACUGUAUGUACUCAGUUGAUCUGGGCAGGAAUAGCCACAGCUGUCCCUGUAGCUGGUGCCUCAGCUAUAACCAUGAGACUAGUGUUAAUGUUCACUGGUGCAGGUAUUUCUAAAGUCUUCGAGCAGUGGGUGAAACGCUAAACAAUAGACAGCUGAGAAACUUACGGGGUCAUAACUUUGAUUGUCGUUUCAUGUACACAUAUGGUUUUGCAAAACUUCAUAUAAUUUCUUACAUGCAUGCAUAUUUGUCACAGCUUGCCUGCUUUAAGCGAUAAAUUAACCUUUUAUGGCCAAUCUUUUAAAUGUUGAUAGUUUAACUUCUUAUCCGUAAUAUUAUUGUCCGGAGAACACUAAUGUAAUUGUUCUGUUUGAUUUGUAAGGGUGUAAUGUAUUUUAU